AGACUCCUGCGUCAUGACAAUAGCUCAAUCGUCGAGUGGUCGGAAGUCUCGGAAACAACCUUUCGCAGCUGAAGCGGCAACUGCAUUCCAAAGUUGCGAUCUGUAAGCCUCGGACCGCCGGGGCUCUUUCAUCCAGAGAAGUAUAUGCUUUCCUAUCACAUCUAUCACUCCGUGAUCGAUUGAUCUCUGUUUGGCGUGACGAAGCACACUUCAUCCAGUCCUAUAUUCUCACUAUAGCACCCGCUCUCUCUUGCAUACCCUUGGCCACGUGAGCUACGAUUAAAGUGUGCUCUACUACUAACGCUCACCACGAAGAAGUACCAUGUUUGAAACAAACUUUUCCCAUGCCUCAGCCUCGCCGCUACCACCAAACGCCUCCAUCGACCUCGCCCUAGAACUACUACACGACUUCGAGUUCGUUAUCAGACUCAGCCCAGACUGCCGAGGAUGCAAGCGCAUCCCACCUCCCACAGCAAAGAAUGGCUAUCCUAAGACCAACGCCACUGCGCCCAACGGCACCACCGAAGACCAGACGCAAUACUACGAAGUAGAAGACGACCUACCCUUCAUGCCGAAGAAAUUCUGGAGCGGCGGCGUGAAGUACACCGCCGACUUCCAGCCCAAAGAAGACGGCUGCGACAUCACCGUCCACGCACCGGGUGGCUUCACAUCGACGAAUCAUUGGCGGAUACUGCGAGAAACCCUGCAUGAAGAAGCGAUGCCCACGCUCGAACGAGUGAAGUCUAAGGAUCUUUUGCAUGCGGAGACGACGGGUGGAGGGUGGUAUGUGCAGAUUAUCAGCGAUGCGAGGUGUAACAAGACGUUUGUCACGAUUGUGAAGGGCUUCCUGAAGAAUAGUCACGCCCAGUUGCAAGCGGCGUUCAUCGAAAAGUUGAGGGCGCCACCGGCGCAGCAGCGGUCGAGGAGGCCGACGUUGGGCCGUAGGAAGUCGAGCGAGUUCUGAAUGCAGGCCACUGUUAUGGUGGCAUAGGGUCGCGGCGCCUAAGGUGAGAUGGAAGGGCGUAAGGCUAAGGUUAGAAGCCACAAGUGGGUCGGCUAUAGUUAUCUUCGCGCUGGAGGUGGAUGCAUGUAAGAGUAGUACCCUAAUACUAAUGAUGACCUGCACUUACUUUUCGCACCCGAGCUCAC